UUUGUACUUUUAUUCCUCCAUCACCUUCUUACCUCUUUACAAAUAUAGUCCUAAAGUCCUCCCUUCUAACUUGCACAAAAAUCCUCACAAUUUCCUUCACAUAUUUCAACUUAGUUUAACAACAAAAACCAAAAUGCUAGGGAAAAGAAUGGUAUCAUUGAAGAAACUGGCCAAGAAGGUGAAGGCUAGUGGUGGAGCUGGAGCUGAGUCAAACACUGAUCCUCCCUACAAUGAAUGUUUGUUGAAGGGAUAUGAAGAAGAAUUCUCCACAAGCACAACUCCAACUGGUUUUUUUGCACUCUAUGUAGGGGAAGAGCACCAGAGACAUGUGGUUCCAACAAGCUAUCUUUCUCACCCUUUAUUCAAGAUGUUGUUGGAGAAGUCAUACAAUGAGUUUGGAUUUGAGCAGAGGAAUGGCUUGGUAGUUCCAUGUAGUGUUUCAACAUUUCAAGAGGUUGUAAAUGCUAUUGAAUGUAACAAUGGCAAGUUUCACUUAGGCAAGAUUUUUCAAGAUUUUGUUUGAAGUGUUGAAAAGUAGAUGUAGUCCUUGUUUCAUUUUUAUUGGUUAAUGUUACAAUGCAUUGGAAGUAUCACCUCUCUUGGUGCAUUUCUGGGUGUGGAAAUGGAGAGAAUCCAAGUCACCAUUUACUCUCAAUCUUCUCUUUCUUUUUGCUAGUUUUUUUGUUGAGACUUGAGACACACACUACAACAAAGAAUCCAAUUGGGCUUAUAGAUGACAUGGAUUUAGAUCAUCAACAUCAAUACAAGUGCAGCGGACUAGGAAACCGUUUAUCUGAAUCCAUAAGUAAUUUAUAUCUAGAUCGAACGACUCUACAACCCACUACAAUGCACAUCAACGGUAGUAGAUCAAAACUCGAAUAUCUUAGUGACAUUUAAUUUCUAUCGAAGCUAUUGCUACAAGCAUUUUGUCAAUUAGAAUUAAUUUGACAUGUAAAUAAUUCAUGGUCAUAGUGAUCUUUUCCAUAUUGGUCAA